AAUUAUCACCUACUGCAGAAAAUUUACCAACAAUUACAAUACAUCAAAAUAGUUUACGUGAAAUCAAUGAUCCAAUGCUUGAUAUGAUUACAGUUAUGCAUAAAUUAGCCUACCUUACUCAAGAAUUCGCCUACAAUAAUAAUAUCAGUAAAAAAUACGAAACAAUUCAGUGUAUAGUGAAAAA